AUGAUAUGCUGCAAAGCCUUAAAAACGCUUGGGCUUGUAAUGCGCAUAUCAAAGGAGUUCAAUCUAUCUUCUUCAUUAAAAACUAUAUACUGCUCAUUGGUCCGUUCACUUUUAGAGUAUUCAUCGGUCCUAUGGGACCCUUAUACGGUAUCUGACUCAUGUCAAUUAGAACGUGUUCAGAGACGGUUCUUAUCUUGCGCAGCUUUUGUCUUAAAAAUAAAUCAUCCUCCCCACGACUAUUUCUUAGUUAUGCAGGAACUCAUUUCACUGGCUGACAGGCGAGUUAACGCUAACAUAGAGUUUCUGAAUAAACUGGUUGAUGGUCGUAUAGAUGCUCCCUCACUUCUCUCGAUAGUCAAUUUCAAAGUUCCUUCCCGUACUACUAGAUAUCAUGCUCCUUUCGUUGUUCCUGCGCACACUACCAAUUAUGGCAGAAAUAAUCCGUUAGACCGCAUGAUGCAGCUGGCCAAUGAGAGCACCGUUCAUAAAAACUGA